UAAUGUCAUCAAGCUAGCCUCAUCUUUGGGCUAUGCCGAUCGGUUGCAUAUGCUGUCUCUUGGACAAGGCCAAGGUCCGAAGGCCGAAGCGCUCAUCGAUCGGGCCAGGGAUAACGGGGAUUGGGUUAUGCUACAAAAUUGCCAUCUUGCAGCCUCGUGGAUGACGUCGCUCGAAAGGAUACAAGCUGAGCUCAAUCCUGCCAGGAUCAGCAAAUCAUAUCGUCUAUGGUUGACAUCCAUGCCGAGCAAGGCUUUCCCUGUCCCUGUGCUGCAAGCUGGCAUCAAGAUCACCAAUGAGCCUCCCAAGGGCCUCCGUGCUAACUUAACGAGAAGCUUCCUGGCUAUCUCUGAGGAGCUUUUCGAGGGGAAUAGCAAGCCCAGAGCCUUCAAGAAGUUAUUAUUCGCUCUGGCGUUCUUUCAUGCGGUCAUACUGGAGCGGCGGAAGUUUGGACCGAUCGGCUGGAAUAUUCCCUACGAAUGGAUGGACUCGGAUUUCCAGGUGUCAACCGAGCAAUUGGAUAUGUACCUCAACGACCAGCCAGGUGUACCACUGAGAACAUUGAGCUAUCUAGUAGCUGAAGUGAAUUACGGUGGGAGAGUUACCGACGACAAAGACGUUCGCCUCAUCACCGCUAUUCUGGCUAGCUUCUUCCGCAAUGAAACCGUGGAAGAGAGCAAUUACCGCUUCUCGGCUGCUGAUAUGUACUACGCUCCAGAUGCUACGGGUUUGAGUGACGUGAGGGAAUUAUAUCUCUGCGUUACCUCAGGAUGA